AGCUAUCAAAUAAAAUAAAUAAAACCCUAUUUCCAUUUCCUUUUUCCCCCAAAUGUGUGUCUUCUAGAAUUCGAAAUUCACAGCCAUCGAUCCCUAGCUUUCUCUCUCCACCCCCUCUCUCUCUCUUAUUCUCUGUUUCCGGCGUUGUUUGUAAGCAAGCAGUAGGGUUAUCAAUUCGUUUCUAGUUUUGGGUGAUAGUGCGCAAUGAGGAAGGGAGCAAAGAGGAAGGUUGGUUCGAAAGCGGGUCGCAAAGCUGCGGUUGAGGAGAUUCAGAACGAAGAGGUGAUAGCUGAGUCUCAGGAGGCGACGACGCAGGAGAACGGGGAAGAGGCGAAGGGAGAACAUGAGAACGGAGAGGAAGUCGUACCGACGAAACCUGAUGAUUCAACGGAGGAGAAUCAGGACGAUGAGGUCAAAGACGCUUCUCCUUCUCAGCCGCAAGAGGAUGAAAGUGCCGAGGAAGUGAAGGAGGAUAAGAAGAAACCUGCUCGUGGCGGUGGUGGUAAGCGAAAGAGGGCCACGAACAAGGAGACUGAGAAGAAAGAUGUGAAGAAACCCGCUCCAAGAGCUAAGAAACCCCGAGCGACCAAACCACAAGAAGAGCCUGAGUACUUCGAGGACAAACGUAAUCUGGAAGAUCUGUGGAAGGUUGCAUUCCCAGUGGGAACUGAGUGGGAAAAUUUAGAUGCAGUUUAUGAAUUCAAUUGGGAUUUCAAACAUCUCGAAGAAGCAUUGGAGGAAGGUGGUAUGCUCUAUGGGAAGAAUGUAUAUGUUUUUGGCUUUGCAGAACCUCAGUUCUUCCUCCACAAUGGCGAAAAGACUUUUGUCCAGGUCCCAACAGUUGUUGUUAUUGAAUCACCCUUUCCGCCUUCUGAUAUGCUAGCAGUCACAUCGAUUCAGAGUGCAGUGGAGAAAACGAUUCCAAUGAGUCAGAUGAAAAUGGCCUGGGUUCCUUACAUUCCCUUUGAAAAAAGAGAUAGACAAGUUGAUAGGAUGAAGCUUCCAAUUUCUGUCUUGGGCUGUACACAGAGGAGAGCUGCUAUCAAACAUUUGAAGGAAGAUCGCGUUAAGAUGUUCGAGUAUAUCAUUCCUUAUUUUGAUCAACCGUUUAAGGAAGAUGAUCUUGAACAGAGUACUGAGGUCCAGAUUAUGUUCCCCUCCGAUCCACCGGUUGUAUGUGAAUUUGACUGGGAGUUGGACGAACAUGAGGAAUUUGUUGAUAAAAAGAUUACAGAUGAAGAAAUAUCUGCGGAACAGAAGGAUGAAUUCAAAGAAUUUAUUAAAGAGAGUGUUCGAGCAGCAAAGAAAGCUAAUCGAGAGGCAAGAGAAGCAAAAAGGAGAGUAAUAGAAGAGAUGAGCGAAGAGAAGAAGCAAGCCUACAAAAACAUGAAGUUUUACAAAUUCUACCCUCAAAAUGCACCAGACGUGGCUAAGAACAUGAUGAAGUCUGCCUUCAUUAACCGUUACUACGGGAAUGCUCACCAAGUUCUUUGAAUAUGAAAAUCUUCUUCAGAAUCCCCAGAUUUAGCUUUUCCUUGGCAGCUUCAAUCUAUCAACAGUGCUCUCAGAAACUCUUUGAGCUUCUUCUAUAGUUUAAACGACUACAUGUGUUUUAUUUUAUUUAUUAAUGAGUUUUGUAUUCUCCUCUAGAAAUACUUGAGUCCCGCCACUUGGGAGCCAACUUUUUUGUUUGUGUGGAAAUUUGAAGACGGCAUUAUAUAAUUCUACUAUUGAAGUUUUUUUUUAAUUUGCAUUGCAUUCUCAAAUUAUUCUGGACGUUUAUUAC